CAACAGCAAACGAGAAGAAAGAGACAGAGAGAACAAAAGUGAGACUCAAAGUCCAACGUUGCCUUCAUCAACCUCUAGCUCCUCUGCUGCCUAACUUACCACCACCGUUGCCGGUAAAGUUUUAAUCUUCUUUCCCCCGGCCAGAGAAGUUUCUCCAUGGGAGAGAGUGUCAAGACCUCACUCUUAGCUCCACGGUUAUUGCUCUUGGUGUUCUUGUUCUGCAGUGGUCUAGUGUAAAUCCUAAGCAAUCAGAAAGCAAAGCCUUUACACAUGCUUCUUGUCUCCUCACGGUUCAACAAAAAAGAUAGAGACAGCUUUGCUUUCUUCCUCGUCCUCCAUUGCACCACAACCAACCAAUUGACUCUCUAAUUAUUCCAUUACCAGAGAUUCAAUGGAGAAAGAACCAAACCAUUUCACCCGUUUAUUUCCUUUCAACCAUUUUUACAUCAUAAAACGGCUAUCUUUCGAUUGUUGCAUCAAACAGUUGAACCUUCUCUUCUUGAUCUUGUUCCUUUUUGGUUCAUGGGUCUCCAUGGCCCAACCCACUCUUUCUCUUUCAUCAGACGGCCAAGCUCUUCUCUCUUUGAAGAGACAAUCAUUAUCCUCUUCUUCAUCACUCUUCUCUUCAUGGGACCCACAAGACAAAACACCAUGUUCAUGGUAUGGCAUUACAUGCUCUGCAGACAACAGAGUUAUCUCUGUCUCCAUCCCAGACACUUUCCUUAACCUGUCUUCAAUGCCAGACCUCUCUUCUCUCUCCUCUCUUCAGUUCCUAAACCUCUCCUCCACAAACCUCUCUGGCCUAAUCCCUCCUUCUUUUGGAAAACUCACCCACCUCAGGCUUCUUGACCUUUCUUCAAACGCUCUCUCUGGUCCAAUGCCAUCAGAGCUUGGCCGCCUCUCUUCUCUCCAGUUCCUUAUCUUGAAUGCCAACAAGCUCUCUGGCUCAAUACCUUCACAGAUUUCAAAUCUAUUUUCUUUGCAAGUUCUUUGUCUUCAGGAUAAUCUAUUAAAUGGUUCGAUUCCUUCAAGCUUGGGUUCUCUGGUCUCUCUUCAGGAGUUCAGGCUUGGUGGUAACCCUAAUCUUGGAGGCCCUAUCCCUGCCCAGAUAGGGCUCCUGAAAAAUUUGACAACUCUAGGGUUUGCAGCCAGUGGUUUGUCAGGUUCAAUCCCUUCCACAUUUGGGAACUUGGUAAAUUUGCAAACUCUGGCUCUGUAUGACACUGACGUCUCUGGUACUAUCCCACCUCAACUGGGUUUGUGCUCAGAGCUCAGGAACUUGUAUUUGCACAUGAACAAGCUCACUGGAUCCAUCCCAAAGGAACUAGGUAAGCUCCAGAAGAUCACUAGCUUGCUUCUAUGGGGUAAUUCUUUAUCUGGGGCUAUCCCACCUGAGAUUUCCAACUGUUCUUCCCUCGUGGUGUUUGAUGUUUCCGCCAACGAUCUGUCCGGUGAGAUUCCUGGAGAUUUGGGGAAGCUUGUUUGGUUGGAGCAGCUUCAGUUGUCUGAUAAUAUGUUCACUGGUCAUAUUCCUUGGGAAAUAAGCAACUGCUCUAGCCUCAUUGCUCUUCAGCUGGACAAGAACAAGUUAUCAGGCUCUAUACCCUCCCAAAUCGGAAACCUCAAGUCUCUUCAGAGCUUUUUCUUGUGGGAGAACUCAGUUUCGGGAACAAUCCCGUCUUCUUUUGGAAACUGUACGGACCUAGUCGCCCUCGACCUCUCUAGGAACAAGCUAACGGGAAGAAUACCAGAAGAGCUCUUCAGUUUAAAGAGGCUCAGCAAGCUUCUCCUUCUAGGAAACUCCUUGUCCGGUGGACUACCAAAGAGCGUAGCAAAAUGCCAGUCGCUUGUGAGGCUAAGACUGGGAGAGAACCAACUCUCAGGCCAGGUCCCUAAAGAGAUAGGCGAGUUACAGAACCUGGUGUUUCUUGAUCUCUACAUGAACCAUUUCUCUGGUGGGCUUCCUUACGAGAUCUCCAACAUCACUGUCCUUGAGCUCUUAGAUGUGCACAACAACUACAUCACCGGAGAUAUCCCUGGUCAGCUAGGAAACCUUGUGAAUCUAGAGCAGCUUGACCUGAGCAGAAACAGCUUCACCGGAAACAUACCACUGAGUUUCGGCAACUUCAGUUACCUAAACAAGCUGAUCCUGAACAACAAUCUCCUCACUGGUCAAAUCCCUAAAUCCAUCAAGAAUCUACAGAAGCUUACACUGCUUGAUCUGAGCUUCAACAGCUUAUCCGGUGAAAUCCCACAAGAGCUCGGCCAAGUCACGACCUUGACUAUAAACCUCGACUUGAGCUACAAUGCCUUGUGUGGAGACAUCCCUCAAACUUUCUCAGGCCUCACACAGUUGCAAUCCCUCGACCUAUCACACAAUAUGCUUCACGGUGAUAUCAAAGUCCUCGGCUCCCUCACGAGCCUAGCUUCCCUCAACAUCUCCUUCAACAACUUGUCAGGUCCAAUCCCAGCUACACCCUUGUUCAAAACAAUCUCAGCAAGUUCUUACCUCCAAAACACCAAUCUCUGCCAUACAAUGGACGGCGUAACUUGCUCAUCACACAAUGGACAAAGAAAAUCCCCAAAGAUGGUAGCUUUAGUCGCUGUAAUCCUCGCUUCAAUCACCAUCGCCCUUCUCGCAGCGUGGCUUCUCGUCUUACGCAACAACCACCGCUACAAAACUCAGAAACAAACAACAACGACGACAUCAACAGCAGACGACUUCUCAUACCCAUGGACAUUCAUCCCGUUUCAGAAACUCGGUAUCAGCGUCAACAACAUCGUGAGCUCCUUAACGGACGAGAACGUGAUCGGAAAAGGCUGUUCGGGAGUCGUUUACAGAGCGGCGAUGCCCGACGGAGAGAUCAUAGCGGUGAAGAAGCUCUGGCGAACUAAAGACAACGACGACGAACCCACUACAAAGAUCGAUUCGGAGAUACAGAUUCUGGGGAGCAUCAGACACAGGAACAUCGUGAAGCUGUUAGGUUACUGUUCGAACAAAUCAGUGAAGCUGCUUCUGUACAACUACUUCCCCAACGGGAAUCUCCAGCAGCUGCUUCAAGGGAACAGAAGCUUGGACUGGGAAACGCGUUACAAGAUCGCCAUUGGAACCGCUCAGGGUCUAGCUUAUCUUCACCACGAUUGCCUUCCCGCCAUUCUACACAGAGACGUGAAGUGCAAUAACAUCCUUCUUAAUUCCAAGUACGAAGCCAUUCUCGCUGAUUUCGGACUCGCCAAGGUGAUGAAUUCGCCGAAUUAUCACACCGCCAUGUCUCAGGUCGCUGGCUCCUACGGCUACAUCGCUCCAGAAUAUGGAUACACGAUGAACAUAACAGAGAAGAGUGACGUGUAUAGUUACGGCGUCGUUUUGCUUGAGAUUCUUCUUGGACGGAGCGCAGUGGAGCCACAGAUUGGCGAUGGGCUUCACAUAGUAGAAUGGGUGAAGCACAAAAUGGGAAGCUUCGAACCGGCGUUAUCUGUACUUGACGUUAAGCUGCAAGGGUUACCGGAUCAGAUGGUUCAGGAAAUGCUUCAGACAUUGGGGGUUGCGAUGUUCUGUGUGAACUCUUCGCCUGUGGAGAGACCCACGAUGAAGGAAGUUGUGGCUUUAUUGACGGAGGUUAAGUUUAGUCCCGAGGAGUGGGGGAAAACAUCUCAGCCUCUUAUAAAACCUUCUUCCUCUUUGUAACCAAACGGUGAUUUGUUUCCUUUCUUGUUUUUUUCUUUUUUUGUUUACGUCAAACUGGUUGAGAGUAUGUUGGCGGGAUUUGGUUUCUUGUACAUGUUUAGAAGUAUCAAUGUACUAGUUUAAACUCGUGUUGUAU